GAAAACAAGAAAAGCGAAGCAAACUCACACACUUGAUAAAUGCGCCAACAAUCCCCAUUCCCAAUCUCAGAGCUAUGGCUACCUCAUUCUUCCUUCAAUUAUCCGAACCGCUCAUGAUUUGCUUUACAUUUUCAAUUCUAAUCAGCGGCGUUUUCGUCUGAUCAUAAGAUUUGAAUUUAAUUUGAGAAUUGAGUUUGACUGGAGAGAGGGAGAGGGAAAUGGCUAACAAGGCAUCAGCCUGUGCUGAGAGGGCAACUAGUGACAUGCUGAUUGGGCCAGACUGGGCAAUUAACAUAGAGUUGUGUGAUAUCAUUAAUAUGGACCCUAGGCAAGCAAAGGAUGCAAUAAAGAUACUUAAGAAGCGAUUGAGCAGUAAAAAUCCGAAAAUACAACUUCUGGCUCUUUUUGCUCUGGAAACCCUUAGUAAAAAUUGUGGUGACAGUGUGUUUCAGAUCAUUGAGCGGGAUAUCUUACAUGACAUGGUUAAAAUAGUGAAGAAGAAGCCGGACUUAAGUGUGAGGGAAAAGAUAUUGACUUUGAUUGAUACAUGGCAAGAAGCUUUUGGUGGACCAAAUGGAAGGUAUCCCCAAUACCAUGCAACAUAUAAUGAAUUAAAGUCUGCUGGUGUUGAAUUUCCCCCACGAGAAGAAAAUAGUGUUCCUUUCUUCACGCCUCCCCAAAGCCAGUCAGGUUCUCAUAUUGCUGCUGCAGAAUAUGACGCUGCUGCUAUUCAGGCUUCUAUUCAGUCUGAUGCAUCUGGCCUUAGUUUGCCAGAGAUUCAGAAUGCUCAAGGACUAGCAGAUGUAUUGAGUGAAAUGCUUAGUGCCUUGGAUCCUAAAAGUCCUGAGGUUGUCAAGCAGGAGGUGAUUGUUGACCUUGUUGACCAAUGUCGUUCUUACCAAAAGCUUGUCAUGCUUCUUGUGAAUGAGACUAUGGAUGAGCAACUUUUAUGUCAGGGGUUGGCAUUGAAUGACAGUCUUCAGCGAGUGCUUAGUCAACAUGACAAUAUUGUAAAAGCAACUCCUGUUACAGUCACAAGAGGAGUAGAAACACCAGUUCUGCCACCUGUAAAUGUAAAGAAUGAAGAGGAAGAAGAGUCAGACGAUGAUUUUGCCCAACUAGCCCAUAGGUCAUCACGUGGUAUCAAUGCACAGAGACAGAAACAAGUCAAUAACAAUGUACAACCAGUGAGAGUAAACCCAAUUCUUCCCCCACCACCGCCACCAAAGCAGCCAGUGUACUCUAAUACUGGUAUGAUUGAUUUUCUCAGUGGGGAUGUGUACAAAAUAGAAGGAUCCCAUGAACUUUCUGAACCAACUUCACAUGUCGAGCCCCUUCAUUCUAGUUCCAAUAAUCCUGCCUCAGCCACUAGAACACUGUCUUCCUCUCCGCCUUCCUCUCCGCCUUGUUCCUCAAGUACCUCAUCACCAGUUUUAAGCAAGCAGCCCGUGUUUGAUGAAGUAUCUGUCAUCAAUAAAUCCUUGGAAAUCCUUACACCAACUCCUCGGGAAACACAAUCUUCUGGCUCCAUUCCACAACCCCCUUCAAUGUUUUAUCCGAGACAACAGUUUUCUGAGCAACAAGGUGUGUCUCCUUUGAGUUUUGGUUCCAGUUCCUCAAAUGACAACUUGUUGGAACAAACCCAGAAUCUAUCUAUGUAUUCGUCUACUCCAACCAAACAAGAGAAGCCAGAAGGUGUCCUUUUUAAAGAUCUACUGGACUUUGCAAAAUCCAAAACCUCUUCUAAACCCAGUAGUAGGCCAUUUUGAGAGUUUUUGUUUGUAUUUGCAUUGGUUCAACUUAUGAAUGCUACGAAUCAGGUUUUGCUUCUGAUCACUCUAAUGACCCAUUUUAGCGGUCUUCAGUUAUUUGGGUAUGAUUUUCCCAUUCAUGUAGCCUCUGUAAUCAGUUCAUUGUUAGCAUAUAUUCUUGAAUACUGCUCAUAUUGAUUGUUAGCUCAUGUUUUCAA